AUCCUUCCACGUGUACCGGAGAUGAGAAGAUCCUUAAAAUUUCCGGAGGGAACCGAGCCACCACCAUUUUCCAAAUCUGUCAGUGUGUGAUUACGACCCACUGUGAUUUGAUCGAUGGCUACGAUGCCUCCCCAAUUCCCUUUGGAGAUCCGCUCGGCUCUUCGCUGGGCUUCCUCCACCGUCUACUUCCUCCGCCCAAUCGGCACCGCCACUCCUUCUUUCCGUCACCGCACGAUGCUCUUUCGUCCGAGGGCCUUCUCUUCCUCCGUUAAGCUCCCCAAGAAACCCUCGCUUUGCACUGCAGACGAGCUUCAUUACGUCUCCGUCCCCAACAGCGAUUGGCGCCUCGCUCUCUGGCGCUACUUGCCUUCCCCUCAGGCCCAGACGAGGAAUCACCCGCUCUUGCUGUUGUCUGGAGUUGGAACUAAUGCCAUUGGAUACGAUUUAUCUCCCGGUUGCUCUUUUGCAAGACAUAUGUCUGGUCAGGGAUUUGAGACGUGGAUACUUGAGGUUCGUGGAGCCGGUUUGAGUACACGAGUAUCCGAUCUCAAGGAUGUUCAAGAUUCUGCUCACAAAUUGUCCGAUCAGAUAGAAUCCACUGCUAGAGCUGCAGCUAAAGAAGCUGGUUCCCCUGAAAAGAAGGCUACUGGUAAUGUGGCCAGUGCACCAUCUUCGGAUGUUUUAAUUGUUGGUGAAGCCUCUGCUUGGGACGAAUCGCAACUUGUGGCGAGAUUGACAGCAACUUUUAUGCGUUUGUCAGAAAGACUUUCUGGCUUUCUCAGUGAAGGUCAGUCUGCGUUCAUGUCUGCUAAGUUAUUUGACAAAAUUGCAAUGCUUUUAGAAGAUUCACAGCUGUACGAGCGCUUUAAUGAAAUAAGAUCAAAGCUUUUGAGUUUGAUCGAGUCAAGGCAAAACUCAGGACUUGGUAACCAAAUCAGAGAACUGACUCAGCGCCUUGUGGAUCUUUUCGACGAUGGUCAAAGGUCUGUCUCGCCUCAGUUGAUUGAUCUUCAAGAGCGCCUCACUUCGACCAUUGAAGAUUUUCAGAAGCAACUGGAUUUGAUGAUUCAAUAUGACUGGGAUUUUGAUCAUUACCUGGAAGAGGAUGUCCCUGCUGCGAUUGAGUAUGUAAGAAGGCAAAGCAAGCCCAAGGACGGUAAACUAUUCGCAAUUGGACACUCCAUGGGAGGUAUCCUACUCUAUGCAAUGCUGUCACGUUGUGCUUUUGAGGGACGAGAACCUUCCCUGGCAGCUGUGGCAACUUUGGCUUCAUCGGUUGAUUACACAACUUCAGAUUCUGCCCUCAAAUUGCUCAUACCUCUUGCCGAUCCUGCACAAGCUCUGAGUGUUCCAGUUGUUCCUUUGGGCGCUUUGUUAACUGCAGCUUAUCCUCUUUCAACACGCCCUCCAUAUGUAUUAUCUUGGCUUAAUGAUUUGAUAUCAGCAGCGGAUAUGAUGCACCCUGAACAGUUAGAAAAGCUUGUCUUGAAUAACUUCUGUACCAUACCUGCAAAACUUCUUAUUCAGCUGACAACAGCCUUUCGAGAGGGAGGCUUACGUGAUCGUAGUGGUAAAUUUUACUACAAGGAUCAUCUUUCCAGUACCAGUGUCCCUGUCUUAGCUCUUGCAGGUGAUCGGGACUUGAUCUGUCCUCCUGUAGCUGUAGAAGACACAGUUAAGCUGUUUCCCGAGAACCUGGUCACGUAUAAGCUACUGGGAGAAUCAGACGGACCACAUUAUGCACACUAUGAUUUGGUUGGAGGACGACUGGCCGUGGAGCAAGUGUAUCCUUGCAUAACCGAAUUUUUUAGCAAACAUGAUUCAGCAUAAGUGAAGCUUUCUUUUGUUUCUGGCAUGCUAUAUGCAUGUAGACGUUGCGCUAAGGAGGUGUCCAGUUAGUACCUAACAAGUGUGUGUAUCAGAAGCGCCUGUUAAUAAGGAUGUCAUUUCCGUUUAAGACAUGUACAUUUAGUAUCCGGUCAAACUGUACAUUAUUAUCUUAGGAGGCAAUUUUUCAAGUCAUACACCUGUGAAUUAGGAACAGCAUCAAAUGAGAUACUGGAAGCUCAUGUCUACUGUAAUGAUAUAACCAUACUUUUUGCUAAA